UUGUUUGAAAACCUUUAAAUAUGCAGAAUUCUCACCAUAGAUAAAAAAAGCCAAAUGACAAAAAAUCCAAGUGUACAAUGUAUGUUUUGAUAAAUAUUUCCCCUCACACUUUUUUCCCGUUAUAAAUGUUCAAUUUCUCCCCCAACCCAUUUUCUCUCUCCUCCUUUUCCUUCAGUGUUCACUCUUCACUCCACAGCACCUCAUCUUCUUCAUCUCUUUCUCUAAAAGGAGGAAAUCAAAGGAGGAAUCUUCCUGAGUUGAAUUAAUCCAAUGUGCUAGUUUUUCUGGGUUUGAGCAAAUGGGUGGCUGCAUUUCAACUAGUAGUCAGAGCACUUGUAGUAGUGGAAGCAAUGGAGAGACAGUGUCGUCGUCGUCUUGCUUAGGGAUGGGAUUGUGUUGUCGGAAGAGAAGUAAGAGAACUUUUUCCGACCAUAUUGCCACAUUGCAGCAUUUAUCAUCAAUACCGAACCGGAUUUUCAUGAAUGGGAAGAGUCGUAGUUCUUGUAUAUUCACUCAGCAGGGUCGCAAGGGGAUAAACCAGGAUGCCAUGAUAGUGUGGGAAGAUUUCAUGGCAGAUGAUGUUACAUUUGUUGGUGUAUUUGACGGGCAUGGGCCUCAUGGUCAUCUCGUUGCUCGUCGAGUGAGGGAUGCUUUGCCAUUAAAGCUAUUGUCAUUCCUCAACUCUUGCCAGACAAAGGAGGAUGGGUCAAGUGGUACUUGUUGUAAUGGAGAUCUAAAAACUGAGGGUGCAGAGGCUGAGAAAGAUGGUUUGAUUGAGGAUGACUUUAGUUCAUUGUGGAGGGACGUCUUUCUUAAGUCAUACAAGGCUAUGGAUAAAGAGCUUAGAUCACAUCCUAAUCUGGAUUGCUUUUGCAGUGGGAGCACUGCUGUUACUAUUGUCAAACAAGGUCAAAAUCUGUUCAUGGGAAGCAUUGGCGAUUCUCGGGCAAUCAUGGCAUCUAAGAACAGCAAUGAUGCUUUGAUAGCAAUCCAAUUGACUGUUGAUUUGAAGCCAGAUCUACCGAGGGAAGCUGAGAGGAUAAAGCGGUGCAAAGGCAGGGUGUUUGCGUUGCAAGAUGAACCUGAAGUUCCUAGAGUUUGGCUGCCAUAUGAUGAUGCCCCGGGGUUAGCAAUGGCUCGAGCAUUUGGUGACUUCUGUCUAAAGGAAUACGGGGUUAUUUCUGUACCAGAAUUCUCACAUAGGACUCUGACAGAUAAAGACCAGUUCAUUGUUUUGGCCUCUGAUGGGGUUUGGGACGUAUUGAGUAAUGAGGAAGUGGUAGAAAUAGUAUCCACAGCCCCUUCCCGGGCAUCAGCAGCACGUAUACUGGUUGAUUCAGCUGCUCGUGAAUGGAAGCUCAAAUAUCCAACUUCAAAGAUGGAUGACUGUGCUGUUGUUUGUUUAUUUUUGGACGGGAAAAUGGAUAUGGAAUCAGAUUAUGACGAACAAGGCUACUCCUCUGUGACAAUCCAAAGCAACCAUUCUGGUACAGCUAUGGAAUCUGAUGAUGGUCAGAAUUCAGAACCAUCUUUCCAGAGGAAUAUGACCGUCAGAUCAUCGGAAGAAAAUGACUCUUUCCGAAGAUUGCCAGUGGAAGUAAUUACAACUGUGGGAUCUGUUCUAACUGAAGACCAGAAUUGGUCUGGUUUGGAAGGAGUAACGCGCGUCAAUUCACUUGUUCAGCUUCCUAGGUUUUCAGAAGAAAGGCCAAAUUCAGGAUCCAUUUCUUGAUGAUUCAAACAUGGCUAGAGCUUUGUUUCGCAAUGCUUUCUGGCCCAAACGAGUCCUAUGAAAGCCAAGUACUCUCCUGGAGAAAAUUGAAUGUUGCAGAGAAUUUGUGCCAGUUUCUCGUGUAUUGUGUAAUAGUUGCUUUUUGCAGCAGUCAAAUGUAAAGGAUAUGAGUAGAUAUAUGACUAACAUUCGUGCUUCUCAUUUCCCAUGAUAAUGUAUCCAUUUUUUUGGACUUCUCUUUUCUUUUUCUUUUUUCUCUUUGUGGGUACAAAGUUCUUGUGUAAUGUAUAGAUGACCUUGUCCUUUCCACAACCUUCUUUAUUUGGCAAUUUUUUGUUUCAUAA